UUUGCUUAAUGUUGUCUAUAUAAACACUCAACCUUCAAAUUCAAGUUUCAAACUUCCAUUAAAACAAGAAAAUUUUCUCUCAAAUUUCAUUCAUGGAUUCUUCAUUCUUUGAAUACCCCUAUGCUCAAUUCUCUCCUGAUCAAUCUUCUUCUUCUUAUUCUACUACAAAUUAUUCCCUUGAUGACUCCUCUUUCUCAUCAAACAAUUUCAACAACAGCUUCUAUAACCAACACCUUCCCUUCAAUGAAAAUGACUCUCAAGAGAUGCUUCUUCUAGGACUCCUCAAUGAAGCCCCCACAAAUUCUUUCAAUGAGGAAGUAAGCUCGAGAGGUGAAGCUCAUGAAGGGGAACCUCUAAGAGAACUUUCCUACCGAGGAGUAAGAAAGCGGCCAUGGGGAAAAUAUGCAGCCGAGAUUAGAGACUCAACCAGAAAUGGUGUACGGGUUUGGAUUGGAACCUUUGACACUGCAGAGGCCGCAGCUUUAGCCUAUGAUCAAGCUGCAUUUGCGAUGAGAGGUUCACUGGCGUUACUCAAUUUUCCUGCAGAGAAAGUUUAUGAAUCACUUGUGGAAUUAAAAUACGACUUUGAAGAGGGAUGUUCGCCCGUACUAGCAUUGAAAAAGAUGCACUCGAUGAAGAGAAAAGGUGAGAGUAAGAAGAAAAUAAAAGACAAAGAGAAGAAGUUAGAGAGUUUUGUGGUGUUAGAAGAUUUGGGAGCUGAGUAUUUAGAAGAACUUUUAAGUAUAUCAGAAGCUAGCUGCGAUUAUAAUUAAAAAUCAUUCUCUCUUUGUUUAUUUUUCAGUGAUCUUGCUGAGUUAAGGAUCUAAUUUGUCUAGUUUUUGUUAGAUAAUAAUUUCUUUUUGUUUGUUUGUAAAUUUGUGGAGAGAUAAUGAAUAAAGGAUCCCAGUUUCUAGUGGGGUUCACAUUUUAGUCAA